AUGGAUCUCACGGUUCAGUCUCACCAGCUCCACCAGCUGAGCCAGCCUCAGCAGAAUUCGCAUACUCAUCCUCCACAGUCUCAGAUGAUGUCUCAGUUCUCGCAGCCUCAUAUGCCGCAGCAGCAGCAGCAGCAGCAGCAACAACAGCAACAACAACAACAAUUUCAACAAUUGCAACAACAACAACAACAACAACAACAGCAGCAGCAGCAGCAGCAGCAGCAACACCAAAACCUCCAGCACCACCAACAGCAACACCAGCAGGUCGAGUCGCCCAGCGCCCAAAACGUCCUCGUCGAGGCCCGCAAGAACCUCCAGGUCCUCAUCGACUUUGGCCUCUCCAAAGACCUGCUCCACCAAUGGGUCGACCAGAAUCUGGCCCCCUCCGCCUCGCCGCCCGCAGCCACCCCCAUCCCGUCGCCGCUGCUGUCUCACCCGGCCUCGUCCCCCUCGCAUCCGCUGCUGCAGUCGCCCCAGGCCUCGGUCCUUGCGCCGUCGUCGUCCGCCGUCCUCAGCUCGCCCGUCGCGUCUCUCUCCACCUCGUCGGCGGCCACGUCGCCGAUUCCCGUCUCCUCGGCCACGGCGCCGUCGCCCGGGCCUGGCGCGCCCUCCAUCGCCAUCAUCAAGACGGAGCCGUCGUCCUUUGCCGACGAUGUGACGCGCGCCUGGGCCGCCGUCAACGUCAACGGCCUGCCGCCGCAGGUCCCCGCCGGCCAGCUCCAGCAGGUCUCCCGGAUCGCUCCAGCGGCUUCUGGCGGCAAGUCAGACCCUGCCGCCUUCAUCUCGCCGUCCAUGCCGUAUCUCAACCACCGCCCCCGAAUCUCCGUCUCCUCCACCAGCUCCGGAUCCUCGGGCCACGCCUCGCUGUGGUCCGUCAACUCGGCCCGCUCGUCCAUGUCGUGGGCAUCGGCCUCGUCCCGGUCGCUGCCCAUGACGCCGUCGCCCUCGUCGGCCAACAAGACAAACAUCUACUGGUGCACCUCGUGCGAGACCAGCUUCAAGCGCAAGUACGACUGGAAGCGGCACGAGGACGAGUUCCACGAGCGCUGGCGAAAGUAUCCCUGCCCCGAGCCGGGCUGCAACCGCAGCUUCUGGGGCUCCAACUCGUUCAACCAGCACCACAAGCAGUGCCACGGCUGCAAGACGUGUCCGCACGCCGAAAAGGUCGUCCGCUUCCUGCGCAAGCGCAAGUACUGGGCCUGUGGCUUCUGCUCUGCCCUGCAUCCGGCCCGCGAGCGCCACGUCGAGCAUGUGGCCCGGCACUUUGAAUCUGGCCUGGGCAAGGCCGACUGGAUGCACUCGCGCGUCGUCUACGGCCUGCUGCACCAGCCGCUCAUCCACAACGCCUGGGACGCCAUGGUGACGAGCAAGCAGGCCGAGUUUGGCGGCCGCCGUCCGCAGUUCAGCUGGCAUCCCAGCAAGACGGGGCGUGCGCAGGGCUUCCUGGAGAAGGAGAACCCCGGCCAGCUGCAGGACCUGCUCGAGUUCUUCUCCGGCGACGAGAGCGAGGCCCAGUGGAUUGUGGGCAUCGCCUUUGACCUGUCCGACAUGGCCUUUUCAAACAGCCAGCCGUCGCCGCAGCCGCAGUUUGCGCCCACCGGCAAUGCCAUGGUUCCUGCGUCUGGAUAUCCGCAGCAGGCAGAUGCUCGCAUGUCCUUUGCCACACCGCUGCCGUCGCAGACGCCGCAGCAGAUGCUCGCCUCUCCGUCUGGCGCGCCAAACGCCUUCAACUCGACACCGUAUCGAAAUCCCUCUGCCUUUGUUCCGUCUCAGGCUUUCCCUGCAGGACAGCAGCAGCAGCAGCCGUCUCAGCUUGAUAAGCGCGAGCUGCCGCCUGUGCCCCAAGGCUCAAAUGCCCCCAUGACAGAGGGCAUGAUGGACUUUGAAUAUUCUGCCAAUCCCGUCAUCUUCGAGGACUGGGAGAGCAUCGCCAGCUCAACCUUUUUGGACACAUCGGCUCACCAACAGCAGCAGCAGCCUAACCAAAGUGCUGGCUGGGGAAUGAAUCCAUUCUAUAGCGACCCGAAUGUCAAUUGAUCAAGGCAAGCCCUGGUCAAGACAAAGAACAAGAAAUGAAAAAACGCCACAAAAAAACCAUCACGCUCUCUCUUAUUAAUCAUUACCGAUCACCGGCACUACCAUCGUUAUUAUUUUCACUGCAGUCUGCUGUUGGCAUCGAUUGCUUUUCACGUCGACGUUGCAUCAAAAUAUUUCCUUAAUCUCACUUGCGCUUUUGCUACA